GAGAGCUUACUUGGAGAAAAUGGCAACGCCCACCACGAUGUCCACGAGCACGGCGGCGCUGAGCCUGAAGCUGCUGGUGGACACCAAGGCGGAGCGCGUCCUGUUCGCGGAGGCGAGCAAGGACGUCGUCGACUUCCUCUUCUCCCUCCUCACCCUGCCACUCGCCACGGCCAUGCGUCGGCUGCCACCCUUGACGCAGACGGGCAUGGAGUUGUUCCGGGUCCUUGUCAUCAAGCUCCUCGGCAACGACUCCAUGCCCGGCUGCGUCGCCAGCCUCUACGCCAGCGUCGACAAGCUCGACGACACCUACUACCUCCAGCCCGGCGCCGACAAGGACGAGCUCCUCAGCCCCGCCAUGCUCUCUCCUGCCGCUAGUGCCAGCUCCCUCCUCCUGGGCUCGCCAUUGCCAGGCCCGCCCUCCUUCCCCGCCAUGAAGACCUUCUACAGGUGCAACAGCAACUGCAGCUCGGGUGCUCCUCCUGCCUUCGGCACCCCCCCGGCUGGUUUCGGCUUCGGCGGCAGCGGCUAUGGUGUUGCGAGUUGCAAGAGCUGCCGGGGAUACGUGACGGACACUGCCGGCACGGCGUGUCCUUCGUGCGGCACCCAGAUGACCACGGCGCUGCAGUUCGUGGCCGGCGAUGACGGCGCGAAUAAUGACCAAGGGUUCGUGCGGGGGGUCGUGACGUACACGGUGAUGGACGAUCUCAAGGUGGCGCCCAUGUCGGCCAUCUCCGGGAUCACCCUGCUGGUCAGCUGCUUUGGCGUCACGGACCUGAGCGCGCUCCAGGAGAAGACCGUGCAGCUCGGCUACAACGAGGGUUUGGAGAUACUGAAGGCGUCGCUGCAGUCCAAGACCGUCCUUACCGACGUUUUCCUUGCAAACAAGCCUCCCUGCAGCGGCAGCAACGACCCCUUGAAUUAACCCUGCAGGUUGCUCUGCUCCUCCUCUGCAUAUGUCUGCAGCUGCAAGAGUAGGCUUAACUAGGUUUGCCCUUUUGUAUGAUCAUCUGCAGGCACAACGCCUCAAUUCGUCUAGCGUGAUUUGGUUGGUCUUUUAAUCUACCAAUUAUUGCUACUCCGAUUUAGGUCGUGUGUGUUCUUCUGUUGAUACCUGGUGCCGUCAGCGGUCAGCUACCCAUAUUCUGUUGGUCCUCAAAGCUGUCAAGCAUCAAUAUUGGAUUUGCUCUUAUAGUUGGGUGGAAUUGAACCAGAUAGCUAGUGUUACUAGACCAGCUCUCUGUGUACAAUAAGGCAG